AUCUUAUAACCCUCCAAUUCUGUAAACAUAGGAUCCAACCACCGGUAGCCAUGGACUGGUACUCCUGGUUAUCCAGAACUGGCCUCGAGCCCUCACUUGUCUAUAAGUAUGCCCUUGCCUUUUCUGGGAAUGAGCUCGAACGAGAGGAUUUACCGUACUUCAACCAUGAGUUUCUUCAGAGCAUGGGCAUUUCCGUUGCCAAACACAGGCUGGAGAUUCUCAAGCUCGCUUGGAAAGAAGUUAGGGAAGCCCCUAAUGGUUUGUCCAAGCUCGUCUUGGCAAUCAUCAAAACAAGAGAGUGCUUCAACAAGUAUGUUAACAAGUUGGUUCACCAUGACAACAACAUGACGAAAAAGGCGCUGCAGCUGCCGGCACCGGAGCCGGUUUCGUAUAAAGAUAAGUGGAGAGAAGCAUUGUGCAAGAACAACAAGGAGCUGAAGAUUGAACAUCCGCUGCAGAAAACCGGGACAAUAGCGAAAUCAGGUCCCUUGGAUUAUAGAGGACAAGAGAAGUUGCUGGUGACUCCUAGGAGCUUGAAAUUAUCAGGGCCACUGGAUAGGAAAUUGCAGGAGAGGUUGGUGUUCAGCUAUAAGAGCCCCAUCAUAUCUGGUUCUGUUGAUGUUGCAAUGGCGCAAGAGAGGUUGAUGGAUACAAAUAGGAGCCCGAGCCCGAAGGUCCAUGGUGACAGCAACAAGGACAAGGCUGGUAGUGGGGACUUGGAUGAACAUACAUUUUGGGAAACACUGUUUCAGGACAUGAAACCUACUUGAUUUACACAUGUAUAUUUUCUGUGCUUUGGUGUCUGCAAAGGUGAGAGAUAUGGUCAUACAGAAGGUUCUUCUACAGUUUUCUUACCAUCAAUAUGCAUGCCAUUUUUACAUUUUUUUGGAGUUCAACUCAUCGAAAAUUUUCUAUAAUUAUAUAAACUUGAAUAUCUAUGGUUUGCUUGAGAUGUAAUCUUUCAAAUGGGCAACUUUCUGUCUUUCAUGCUUGU